AUGGGGGGGGGGGGGGGGGGGGGGGGGGGGGGGGGGGGGGGGGGGGGGGGGGGGGGGGGGUGGGGGUGUAUUAAAAAAGGAAGACCAGCGACUCCCCAGCCCACCCAGCCCCCUCGACCCCGCGGCCCCCACACCGCCGACCAUGUCCACCCCCCCCGGCCACCGCACGACGCGGCACCGCCCCCCCAUUACCUACUCGCCCCACAAUCAGCCACUCAGCUCCCCAUACCAAAAUAG